AACUCCUCACACUUUACUCUGCGGUGGAGUAGUAAACCAUUUUACUAAGGGCUUGCUGGGGUCAUGGAGAGCACAAAUUUCUGGAAUUGUUUGAGCUGAAUCCUGAAUAUUCAGGGUGGAUUAGGUGAGGCAAUGUGGAUUUUAAGGGAGUCACCUGCUCUGCUUGUUAUCUCCUGUUAUUCCAGUGGCUGCAGGAAUGCACCAGCCAAAGGAAUUCCUACAGAAUGUUCUAAAGCUUUUUUUCCUUUCUCUUUGUUCCCCUCCUCACUUCAGAGAAGUUUCUCAGCAGAAAGCUGAGGUGUGGAUGAGCUGAUAAGGAUCCUUUCCAGCCUUAAGGAUUUUUUGUAGAAUACUUGAGGUUUCUUCACAUGAACUUUCCAAAUAGUGUUCCUUGCACUUGGAAAGGUAGCAGGGAGCUUCUACAGAACUUGUGGUUAUUUUCCAUAAAAUGCACAUGCACAUCUCUCCCUUAAUGUUUUUCUCUGUAUCUAUAAUAAUUUUAUUUUUGUUUUUUUAAGGAUUGGACCUAUCCCAUGAGGAGAGAGAUGCAGGAAAUCUUACCUGGGUUAUUUUUAGGCCCAUAUUCUUCAGCUAUGAAAAGCAAGCUACCUAUACUCCAGAAACAUGGAAUAACUCAUGUAAUAUGCAUAAGGCAGAACAUUGAAGCAAAUUUUAUUAAACCAAACUUCCAGCAGUUAUUUAGGUAUUUAGUCUUGGAUAUUGCAGAUAAUCCAGUGGAGAAUAUAAUCCGAUUUUUCCCUAUGACUAAAGAAUUUAUUGAUGGAAGUUUACAAAGUGGAG